AACCCACUCUGGACCACCACCACCACACUGCCGGUUCUCCGCGGUCUACCAGGACGUCCAUGCAGAAUGGCUUUUCUCGACCGUAGAGGAAUAGAUCCCACUCAGCUCAUUGGAAAAGUUCUCAAUCGUGCACGUCGCUCAGCCGAUCAUCCAGCGCUCACUCUCGACUUUUCCGAUAGCACGUCAUUCCAAGUCCUCGUCGACGGUUACAAUCCCAGGCUCAAGGGAAUUCCAAAAGAAUUAGAAAUGGAUGACUCCUUUGACGACAUUCUCCUCUCAAAUGAUGGUUUCGUGGGCCUCCAAAUCAUAGAUUGUGCCCUCAUCACGCUUUCCGACAAGGCAUUUGAACGGAAGCAGAGUCAUUCCCCAGAAACCGAUCUCCGUUGGGACAAGCACCAUCUUGGUGUUGCUUUCAAGUUUUCCGAAGAGAACCCCCGGUGGCAUUGUGUGUGGGCUACUCUCAAAGACUAUGACAAGGAAUUUGGGGACUGUAUAUUCCGGAGUUACAAUGAUGUCUACAUUGAGAAGCUCCAGCGGUCCCCUCGUAAACCACCCAGAUCUCCCAAAAAACUGGCGGACCGUUAACAUACAGAUAUUGCGCUUCAGGAACCGAAUCUAUCCUUGAGAGACUGUUACGCGCGUUGAGGCUCUUCUUCGAAAUGUUAUCGCCAGUCUUUCGCUCUGAUAAUUUUUCUUUUCAAAAUUUGCAUUGAGCAUCCCUCCAAUCUCACACAGCAUAAGUACAUCUCCCUGCAAUUCCCUACAUUUGUGUACCACCCGAACUUUCAACCAUACCUAUAUCGUCUAACCAGCUAUCCUAUUUGUAUUGUCAUUGCUUUCGGAUUGUUGUCGUUGUUGUUUAAACUGUUAACUGCUAAGUUGUUUACUUAUAUGAUGUACAGACUUCGUGCAAACAUGCGUACAAGCCAACUGUUAACUGCUUAUGAUGUACAGACUUGAUUCAAACAUAG